UCAGAGUUUUUCGUGGAUGGAAAAAGUAUUCCGGAGGUCGAUUUUGAUGUUGGUCCUAGUUGGUCGGGUCUCUUGCCUAUCAGUGGAAACAAAAACGAAACACGCAAGCUCUUCUUUUGGUUUUUCCCUCCCGGACCUCAAGGGAGUUUGGACGACCUUAUCUUCUGGACAAAUGGUGGACCAGGAUGUUCUUCCCUUGAAGGGAUUCUUCAAGAGAACGGGCCCUUUUCCUGGAGCUAUGGACAAGCUAAACCUACGCCAAAUCAGUACAGUUGGACGAACCUUUCCAGUGUGCUAUGGGUCGAACAACCUGUUGGUACCGGGUUCUCGCAGGGAACUCCUAACAUCAUGGACGAGGAUGACCUUGCUGCUCAGCUCGUCGAGUUUCUACAACAAUUUUUGGAGGUAUUCUCAGAAUUGAAAAACAAGAGGUUUUAUCUGACUGGAGAAAGUUACGCAGGCGUUUAUGUUCCUUAUAUUGCAAACUAUAUCUACGAACACCCAGGAGUGUUGGAUCUUGAACUUCAGGGCAUCUGGAUAGCAGACCCAUCCUUAUCCUGGGACGUUGUCCAACUGCAGAUCCCCGCGGUUGACUUUGUUCACAAAUAUGCAAACGUAUUCGCGUUCAAUCAAUCCUUUAUGUCGCAUCUUGACAAAAAAGCCGUGGCCUGCAACUACGCCGGAUACGUGGAUAAACAUGUGACCUAUCCACCAGACGCAGGACUCCUCCCCCUUCCAGGCGAAUCUACCGAGGCAGAUCCUGGUUGUGACGUUUGGGGAGAAAUUUUUGACGCGGCUCUGCUCAUCAACCCAGCUUUCAACAUCUACCGCAUCUUCGAUACCUAUCCUAUCCUGUGGGAUGUUCUUGGUUUCCCUGGCACAUUCCCUCAAGUCCAAGUGUCUCCCGUUUACUUCGACCGACCAGACGUCAAGGCGGCUAUUCACGCCCCUCCUCAUGUCAACUGGACCGGUUGCUCCAACAUUGAUGUGUUCCCGAACGGAGACGAAAGUCCUCCAUCUGCACUUACCGUUCUGCCUAACGUCAUAGAGAAGAGCAAGAGAAGUGUCAUUGUUCAUGGGCUGGCCGACUUUAGAUUUAUUGCCCAAGGGUGCGCUUUAUUGACUCUAUGCUUUGCUAGUAUGACGUGGAACGGAAAGCAAGGGUUCCAGACACCCAUUGCGAGUGACAGCUUCUUGGUCGAUGGGGUUGGCGCGCUAGGCACGGCCCACACUGAGCGAGGUCUAACUUACUUGGAAGUCUCGCUUAGCGGACACAUGGUACCACAAUUUAGCCCCUUUGCCGCCUUUCAGUCUAUGCAAUUCUUAAUGGGAUUCCGAGCCACUCCGUAA